UGAAGAGAGGUGUCCAAAGUGCUCUAAUCCUAGAGCGUAUUUCAUGCAAAUUCAAACGAGAUCCGCCGACGAACCUAUGACGACGUUCUACAGAUGUUGCAAUCCUCAAUGUGGCCACAACUGGCGCGAAUAAAGUGCCGUUUCUUACUUGAUGGAAAGAGAACAAUUUCAAGAAUACAAAAAUUGGGCCCAAUGAGUGUUCUAUUAAAUUCCGUUGAAGAGGAGAUAGAGGUGUUAACAAAGUAUAGUAAUCAUUGGAUGUGCAAAGGAAAACGAUCCGUGGCAGUAGCUAGCAAAUUAUUGCUAGAAAAUAAAGUUGUAGCACUUCCAACAGAUACAAUAUAUGGUCUUGCUUGUGUUGUAUCAAAUGCUGAUGCUAUUGAAAAGCUCUAUGAAAUUAAAAAACGUGAUGCAAACAAGCCAUUAUCUAUUUGCGUCAGUAACGUGAAAAAUAUAGAGAAAUGGGGUGUCGUCGAUCAUGUGCCAUACGAUUUAUUAACAUUAUUAUUACCAGGGCCAUAUACAAUUAUUUUGAAACGAACGCCAGCAUUGAAUCCUGCUUUGAAUCCUGAUCAUGACACUGUAGGCAUUAGAAUUCCAGAUUAUGAAUUUAUAAAUAAUGUCACUGCAGUAACAGGACCAUUAGCAUUAACGAGUGCUAAUUUAAGCAAUCAAUCCAGUUGCUUAUACCCUUCGGAAUUUCAAAAUUUAUGGAAGAAAUUAGAUGGGAUAUUUUACGACACAACAAAGUUUGGUAAAUCAUAUAAUGCUUUGAGACGUGGAUCGACGAUAGUUGAUUUAUCCAAACCAGGCUAUUACAAAAUUGUUCGCGCUGGAGUUGGGGCACAUGAAAUUAAUUACGCGUUAAAAAAAUACAACUUACAAAGUAUUGUAGAUUAGAUUUAUUAUUGUUGCAAUCUGAAUGUUAUUUGUAUUUUGACACCAUAGAUGUUGUAUUUGAACAAUGAAAUAAGACAGACGAGUAUUUAAUAAAAAGAAAUAAACUAAUACAAAUAAAUUAUAAUUUGUUUAUUCUGAUAAUCGUGUAAUUCAUGAAUAUUGCAUGCUAAAAUGUAGUAUGUUGAAAAUGAUGAUUUACGUAUAUAAGAAUUUACGUAUUAUUUAAAGCAUUGUAAAAAACUAAAUAACAAAUACUCUCCUUAAAUCUCAAAUACAUCAUUAAAUUAUUCCAUUUUUUGUUCUUUUAUUUACGCAGCUAUUAACUCUUUGCGGUCGUAUUUUUUGUAGACAUGAUAGUCGUGUUGGUCGGAAUUAUUUUUGAGUGGCGCACAUUCAAUCAAUUUAUUAUUGUCUAAACGUAUAAAUUUUAUUCAAACGAGUAUGUUUAAGCUGUGUGCAUAUUACUUGUUAUCUUUGUGUUCGAUAUUUUAUACAGAUCUAUAGUUUUCUUUGGUAUUUCAAAGCAAUCCUCGAUAUAUAAUCCCGGUUUCUAGGCACUAUAAUAUCACUACCAUUAUCUGAUUUGUCAGUGUAGUCAUCAUAAUCAUCAAUAUAAUUAUGAUUCAUAUAAAACUCAUCACUACUGCUUUGCACAUCUUCAUAAUCACUAGGCUCUCGUCUCUUUUUAGACAUUUCAGAGUAUAAUUUUUACAACUGUAAAAAAAUCAGAUAAAUAACAAUGAAAAAAAAAAUUAGUAAAUAUUACAGUAAUACUGAGUCUGCUGCUUCUGUGGAAAGAACAAUCUCAACUAAUUGAAAGAACGAUUGUUCUUCCAGUCAAAGGAUCUACAGUGUUUAAAAAUGAGUGCAUAACGCGACAAAAUAAUGUUAAGUUUGACUGUUUAAAUAAUCGUCGCAUACCCGUGCCGGCAUGCGACUACAACAGUAAAACAGCCUCGCCAGGGCCCGACCGCAAAGAGUUUGUCAUACAAAAAAUCCUCGAAUCGAGAAUUCCAAUCUUAUAAACAAAUCCACAAUGCAUGUGGUAAUAAUAUUAACAAGUAUUAAGCGGUAUAUUAUAUCCUGAGAUAUUGUUCUGAUUAAAUGUAUUAAUAAUUCAUCAGUGAACAUAUCCUCACUGUUUCUUGUUUCUUAACAAUAUUGUAUUGUCUCUUUGACAAGAUACAUAUCACAUAAUAUUAUUGUGAAGUAGUAUUAUUCCUUUCACUUAUUAAAUAUUAAACGCAACCAAUUGAUAAAAGAGGGUUCGUUUUUCAUUUUAAGCUAAAUAAAUAAUCUACGCCAUUUUUACAUUAGAAUGAAUUAAUGACAGGCAAAUCAGUCGAGAUGAUAACAUUUUAAGAUCCCUUGUUAUCAUCCAAGUAAUUCGCAUGCAUUUUAAAAUGCGUAUUGUUACAUUCGUUACAAAUGUAUUUAUCCGACAUCUA